AUGAAGGUUUUCCGUCCAGCAACAUGGUUUCUUUACGGGGCUGCUCUUGUUGCCAAUUUGGUUUCCGUCAAAGGCCAAGCACCGGUUGAUCUCGUUUUUAUUAUUGACGAAUCGGGAAGCAUGGGCGACGACCAGGCCCAGAUUGCCAACCGUGCCAACCAGAUUACGGCCGCGCUUGACUCGGCAACUGCUGGAAACUUCCGCGUUGGUCUAGUUGGAUACGGCGCGAGUGCUUUCGGAGGCUUCCCUCGUAAAGUCGGGACGCUUACAGACGACGCUUCGAUGUUCGGAGCUGCCGUAGCUUCUCUCGAGACUUCUGGGGGGACCGAACCCGGUUUUGUGGCAACCGAACUCACUGCGGAAGACAGCCUUUUGUACACGACGACCUCGGACUCCACAAAGCUCGAUGGAUCGUCUGCAGGGACCUCUUUUCCCGGUCCUGCCGGCUUCUGUGCCGUCUUGAUUACGGAUGAACCUUCCAACGGUGAUGGAGCCACAACGCUUGCGGACGCAAAGACUGCUUUGGACAAUGCCAGCAACAGCGUGUUUUUUGGUGUCGUCCCGAGCAACCAACUCUCCAGUACAGGAGGUACUUACGGAGAUCUUGCUGCGCAGACAGGAGGUAGUGUUGUCGACAUCAGCCUCUUCCGUAGCAGCGAUGUGGCUGCUGAAGCCAUCAUUGCCGAUAUUUUACUCGGAUGUGUGGGUGUGAUUUCGACCAAUGCCGGAUGCAGCACUAAUGGUCCCUACCAAACUACAACCCCGGAGAUUGUGCUCUCUGGGUCUCCCUCAUGCACGGAUGGAAGCAUGCCGAUUUCCGCUCUGUGGUCGAGUCCAGACUCCGAAGUGGUCUUUUCCGACACGACUAAUCCUGCGAUGGCGACGAUUUCAACCGCUGGUAAUUAUUCCGUUUGCCAUACAGUUGAAUGCACCGACAAUACGUCUCCGUCCAUGAACGUCACCAAUCAGUGUUGCACAGCCGUAGAAUACAAUCCCCCAAUCCCUAUUUGCGCGAACGAGAUUAUUGGAUUCACCUUGAUUGACCCGGAUACGGAUGCUGAGAUUGGUCCUCUGGGCGACUAUGAUGAGAGUGCUUACCCGUCGGGAGUGAACAUUCGUGCGGACUAUUCUCCUUGCUCGACGGCUGACUUCAUUGACAGUGUUCGGGUGACAUUCGACGAUCCGAGUGUUUCGUUCUGCGAAUUGGAUACGCCGUACUCGGUCUUCCGCGAUUCCCCGGAGGGAGACUACCGUGCCGUUGUCAUUCCGGUUGGAGUCCACACUGUGAGCGCGACGCCCUACCUGAGUGCUGACUGUUCCUCGGACGCUGGAGCGACCUUCAGUCAGACGUUUGAAGUGACUCCUACGCCCCCGGCUUGCUUGAACGAGAUUAUUGGAUUCACCUUGAUUGACCCGGAUACAGAUGCUGAGAUUGGUCCUCUGGGCGACUAUGAUGAGAGUGCUUACCCGUCGGGAGUGAACAUUCGUGCGGACUAUUCUCCUUGCUCGACGGCUGACUUCAUUGACAGUGUUCGGGUGACAUUCGACGAUCCGAGUGUUUCGUUCUGCGAAUUGGAUACGCCGUACUCGGUCUUCCGCGAUUCCCCGGAGGGAGACUACCGUGCCGUUGUCAUUCCGGUUGGAGUCCACACUGUGAGCGCGACGCCCUACCUGAGUGCUGACUGUUCCUCGGACGCUGGAGCGACCUUCAGUCAGACGUUUGAAGUGACUCCUACGCCCCCGGCUUGCUUGAACGAGAUUAUUGGAUUCACCUUGAUUGACCCGGAUACAGAUGCUGAGAUUGGUCCUCUGGGCGACUAUGAUGAGAGUGCUUACCCGUCGGGAGUGAACAUUCGUGCGGACUAUUCUCCUUGCUCGACGGCUGACUUCAUUGACAGUGUUCGGGUGACAUUCGACGAUCCGAGUGUUUCGUUCUGCGAAUUGGAUACGCCGUACUCGGUCUUCCGCGAUUCCCCGGAGGGAGACUACCGUGCCGUUGUCAUUCCGGUUGGAGUCCACACUGUGAGCGCGACGCCCUACCUGAGUGCUGACUGUUCCUCGGACGCUGGAGCGACCUUCAGUCAGACGUUUGAAGUGACUCCUACGCCCCCGGCUUGCUUGAACGAGAUUAUUGGAUUCACCUUGAUUGACCCGGAUACGGAUGCUGAGAUUGGUCCUCUGGGCGACUAUGAUGAGAGUGCUUACCCGUCGGGAGUGAACAUUCGUGCGGACUAUUCUCCUUGCUCGACGGCUGACUUCAUUGACAGUGUUCGGGUGACAUUCGACGAUCCGAGUGUUUCGUUCUGCGAAUUGGAUACGCCGUACUCGGUCUUCCGCGAUUCCCCGGAGGGAGACUACCGUGCCGUUGUCAUUCCGGUUGGAGUCCACACUGUGAGCGCGACGCCCUACCUGAGUGCUGACUGUUCCUCGGACGCUGGAGCGACCUUCAGUCAGACGUUUGAAGUGACGGUUAUUGCAGGACCCUGUGUAACUGGCUUUAUGCUCUAUGAUUCUGUCAUGGAUUCGGUUGUGGCUGAUAGCAUCCUUAUGGGUGGUGAAAUUAUGGAAGGGUCCGUGGUGCCAGCCGGUCGCCCAUGUAAACUGAACAUUGAAGCUGUUGCCGACGGAUGUCCCGGCUUUGAUAUUGUCUCGGUGCGAUUGCAGUUGCGCGAUGCAACGACUAAUGCUGGCAUCAAAGGCAGACGCGAGAUCGACGCACCGUACAUGCUGUAUGGUGAUAAGGAUGGAGACAUUCGGAACGGUUCCGUGCCUGCUGGUAAAUACCGCAUUAGGGCCGCUGCUAUACUCGACGGAGAAAGCAGUUACCAGGAUUAUUACGAGAUCGAUUUCGAAUUUGAUGUCUGUGCUGGUGGUACACGAUCGCUUCGUGGCAAUUCUGAUGCAUACUAAAGCUCAUCCAGAGGGCACUGCCUUUCAUUCUUACAUGUCCUCCUUCACAAGAAAAGAAACAUUAUCUUCUGGAAAGCAAUACGAACAGUCAAGCAACAUAUAAGGAAACAAAAGAUAUAGUACAUAUUAGGCUUC